AUGGCACUAGUGAACUAUACGCUACCGUUCGGUAGCAUCCAAUCCCCGGUCUGGGGGACCGGAAGUCCACUGCAGAACGAGCACGCGUCGGCCGUGAAUAAUCUCCUAUACGGACCGGCCGGCCAUCAGAGCGACGAUCAGAACUUUUACAAGAACGAUCCGUACGCGCCCCCUCAGCGCCACGGCAAGCAAUCCCCUCCUCCACAGCAGCAGCACUCGGUCCACUACCGACAGGCACCCAGGAACAACUACUUGCCUCCUCCGUCGUACGUCCCACCGAACGGCAACAGUUAUCCGCAGACGGCGCCGGUCGUCCCGCCGUCGCCGAGUCAGUCGCCGCCGGCGCGGACAUACGGGGAGGGCAGCUACGGGGGCCAAGCACCUCAGCCACCGAGCGCCCCGCAGCCGGCGCAGCCCGCCUACUACGAGUACUCGUCGGGCAGCUACACCUCACAGCCCGGCCGAGCCUUUGCCGACCAGAACGCCAACCCGCCGCCGGCCCCGGCGCCCAACUAUCGCAGCAAUACUCCCGGGCCGAGCUCCCGGUAUCCGCAGCGUCCAGCACCACCUGCCUUCGCCAACCCGCUGAGCCCGGCCACCGAGACGCCGGUCCAGGUGCUAGUCUACGACGACCAGGACGAGGAUGAGUACUACGACGAACCGGUAGACGCACCGCCGCCUGGCUGGAUCUCAGAUAAUCGAAAAAACUCGCGCACGCCAACAGUCACACCGAUCCAGGGUCCCAUAUUUCUCAAGAACGGGACAGUUCCUGUCGUGCCAUUAUUCGCGUACCCGCAAAUCACUAAUGGAACGUUCGUCCAAAUACCGAUAUGGUGGACAGCUUUAUCCGUAGCGCUCGGGCUCAGCAUUCACGGAGAUGUCAUCCGAGGUGUUCCCUGCAUAAAGAAGUACCACCAACUGUUCUGCCCGGCGGCGGGCAAUACCUAUCCUAGUGACAAGAUCGAUCUGUUCAUCGACGAGAACAAAGCGCUGAUGAAGCGAAUGUACGGCGAUUUCGAGAUGGCAUCGCAGUUUCCGUCCUCCCCGUCCGGCCGGAAACGGAAGCGGAGUGCGGGCGGGGGUGGUCCGGAGGAUGACGACGACGAGUUCACACUGCUGCCCGAGCUGAUGGACCUGUACGGGGAUCCUGGGGGUCCGGUGCGCCUCGGCGGAGAGUCGUACUUCCGGAAGUUGGCCCGCAGCAAACGCCAGAGCCAGGCGACGAGCUCGAGCCGGGGGAGUGGUGAACGGGGGAGUGGUGGCACGGGGAGCGCGCGACAGACGGCCACCCCGGCCAACGGGAACGGAGGCAGCGGAGAGUCCAACACCGGCAGGGUCGAUGCGUGCGAAUCGAAGAUCGAAAUCGUGACGCCAUACUGGGCGACGAACUCGGCCGGGAAGGUGCGUGCCGUCGUCAACACGCAGCACUUCGAGCAGGCGAUCCAUCAGGAAGUGUGUUCGAAAACCCUGACGAGCCGCUGCUCCGGGGACUGUGGCUGUGAGCAGAAGUACAAAUGGCACCGGCUUCUGGCGUACGACCCGGACAACGACUGCAAGGGCAUCUUCAUGGACUGGUUCCUGUUCCCAUCCUGCUGUGUUUGCCGCUGCAAUCCCUAGGACCGUCGAGUGAAAGAAAAUGGCGCGAAGCCGUGGUGCGAAGAGAUUUUCUUAGGCUAAGAACUAUUGUAGUCCACCUUUUAAGCUUGUACCAUCAUCUUCUAUCAACCCGCCGCAGUGUAGUGUGCAGUGUGUUGGGUUUCGCUUUUUCUUGCAGACAGGCACCAUUUACUUCUAGGGCCCGCCUCAAGCCUACGAGUGUACAUUGUUAGCCCUUUCUUUGUUGUACCUUUUCGUCAAUCUUCUGUCU